UUUGAGUCCAAGGCCAAGGCCUGGAGAAGUCCAAUGUCCCAGCUCAACCAGUCAGACAGAGGGAAUUCUUGGAACUCCAGAAUUCAUUCCUUUCCAGGAAGCCUCCCCAAUCCCUUCAUCUGGCCUGAUCCAGACCCCAUGGUCACCAAGGGGAGCCCUGUGACCAUCUGGUGUCAAGGGUCUCCACAGGCUGAUGUCUACCAUCUAUGUAAAGGGAGAGACUUUCAGCCCUUGGAUACACAGGUUCUACAAAAUUUCAGCAACAAGGCUGUUUUCUCCAAUGACUCCAUGAGCCCACACACUGCAGGGCUGUACCAGUGUGCAUAUCACAGCUCAAACCAUUUGUCAGAGUGGAGUGACCCCCUGCCCCUGUUGGUGACUGGACUGUACAACCCACUCUCCCUCUCAGCUCACCCAAGCCCUGUGGUGGUAUUAGGAGGGAACGUGAUCCUCUUGUGUAGAUCACAGUUCACUUUGGACACUUUCCAUCUGCUGAAGGAGGGAGGAGCUGGCUCUCCCAGACACAUGGAAUCUCAGGUGUCUCAUGGGUGGAGCCAGGCAAUCUUCCCUGUUGGACCAAUGAACACAACACAUGAAGGGACCUACAGAUGCUAUGGUUCUUGGAAGCUCUACCCCUAUGUGUGCUUACACCCCAGUGACGCUCUGCAUCUCAAUAUCACAGUGAGCCUGGCCCUCCAGUGUCACUCAUACUCCAGCUUUGAUAGAUUCAUGCUGACAAGGAUGAGAAGCUCACACCCCACCCCCAGUGCCUUGAUGCACAACAUGGCCGACUUCCACCUGGGCCCUGUGAGCCACACCUCUGUGGACCAGUACAGAUGUUUUGAUGAACACAACCUCUCCUAUCUGUGGUCAGUCGUUCCUCCUCAGAGACUUCAUUUGCUGGAUAUCACUUCAUCUGGUCAGGCCAAUUUUACACUGAGUCCUGUCACCUCAGCUCAUAGGUGUCUCACAGCCUCACACUCCCAGGAUUACACAGUGGAGAAUCUCAUCUGGAUAGACAUGGCUAUAUUAAUCCUGGUGGUCCUAGGGGUGCUGCUACUUGAGGCUUGA